UAAAAUUUAUGCUGAAAUGCUAAUUUCUAGGUUUGGUAUUGUUUGGUUUCCGCGAAAACGAGGAGAAAAUUACCCGAACUAAGCUAGUUGUAUUAUAUUUGGUCGAGCGAGCGGCUUGAUUUGAUUCAAACCCCUGUGAUACAAAGUUUUAUUUUUUAGUUUUUGUUUUUUUUUUCCUUGGUUUUCCAGCAUUUUCUCGGCAACCAAACUGAUAAUCUGGGUUUGCUAUGGGUGUUCCUUAUAUUCGAUUUUUCCGAAGGAAUGCUUGUUUUUCUUUUCUUUUUUAAUGUAUAGGUCCGAUGUUGUUUGGUUCACAGUAACUGAGUUAAGUUAGGUUCGAUUGAGCUGGCAACUUCGUUUAAUUCAAAGCCCUGUGAUUCAAAUUCAUUAAUUGUCCAGCAUGUUAUCGGCAACCAAACUGAUAAUUUGGGUUUGCUAUGGGAAAUGAAAUAUAAUGUUGAUCAUGGGUUUGAUUUAUGUGGAAAUUUCAAAAUUUGUGAUUUCGGGAAAACCACAAGAAAUUUAUACGGUCUAGAGUGUAUUGUGUCAGCUAUUCACUUCCUUACCUAGAAAAAAUAAUCUUGCCUGAAAAUACAGUAUUCUACAAAAAAUACACUUAGUUGCUGGAAUUGACAACCAAGAAAAUUACAAAAAGCUCACAAUAACUGAUUAGCUGUAUUACGUUUGGUGUGCUCCCCCAACCUCUCUUUCAUUUUUUUUUUUUCUUUUAUUUCUUUUUCCUUCCAUCUCUGUUUCCAAGAUCUGCAUAUUUUCUUCCUAAUUCUUAUUUGGGAUUUCUUUGUAAUAUUUGAACUGUAAGUGUUCCUGUUUUUACUGCUUUCUUUGGAAAGGAAUUUUAUAGGAGUUUUGGUUAGCACCCAGUUGCAGGAUUUGUUUGUCUGGAUCCAUUGAGAUGAAGUUAUGUUCGGUCAGAUAAGAAACCAUUGCUGAACUUUUAGAAUCUGUUGUUACUCCAAUAUAUUGUCUUUUAUGUAUGUAAAUAUAGUUCUGUGUUUUGAUGUGUUUGUGGUCACUCGUCUUGGUUUUUUUCCUUUCAAUAUAUAUGUGUUGAUGUGUAUGACUAUUUUUAGAAUCCUAAAAUAGCCAUUAUUUGUUUUGUGAAUGAAUAGACAAAUGCUUCUGGGUUUUGUGGGUUCAUGGAGGACCCAUCAAAUUAUGAUAGCAAUAAGACCUCCUUGCUUUAAGGGAUUGGUAAAGCAUUAUAAAAACCUAAGAUGAGUGAAUAGUAAAAGAAAAAAUUAAUGAUUAUGAAAGAAAUGUUUUUUUGGGAAGCAAAAAAUUUCAUCAAUUGAGAACAAAAGGAGGGAGCCUUGAAACGAUGGUUGGAAGAUGUACAAUGGGGACUAGCAAAUUAAUGUGUUGGUAAAGAGGAGUGAUUUAUUUUAAGUUGAAAGUGCUCAAUGGAUGAGGGGAGGAAGAUAGGAAAGAACAUGUUUUGAGGCAAUAAGAAAAGAUGUGCUAUUCAUUGAUUUAGUAGAAAACAUAGCCCUAGAUAAAGCUGGAUGGAUGUUAAAGAUUCAUGUUCCAAUUCCAAAUAGUUAAUAUCUCAGGUCUGGUUGCUGCACAUUAAAAAAAUAGUCUCAACUUCUAAACAGAAUAAUUUAUUCAAACUGAUCCACAUGGAACCCUCAUGGUGUACCUGACUCUGCAUCUUGUUAUUUUGCAGAAGGUGUGGAGGUUGUAGAGGUUUCUCAGACAAAUUUGUCAUUCCCAGUCCAAGACAAAAAUGAAAUUUACUUCAUGCUCAUCAUCUUCUGAGCUCAUGUUUCCCUCUUUUGAGGGUUUACAAUGUACAAACCUGAAUGCAGUCAUAUCCAAACAUAUACUAAAGGUCAAGAAAAAUAAUGUUAAAGUAUCUAAUUGUUAUGCCAAAAGGCUGUUCAUUUCUAGCCAUUUAAUGCCUGGACACUUAGAAGGUUUGCAUACAGGAAAGAAACAGCUAGAAGAUGCAGGUCAGAAAUUGGAAUUUGUGAGGACAUUGUUGAUUGACAACUAUGAUAGUUAUACAUACAAUAUUUACCAAGAGUUAUCCAUCAUUAAUGGAUUGCCUCCAGUUGUGGUCCACAAUGAUGAUUUGGGAUGGAAAGAAGUUUGCCAUUAUUUAUACGAAGAAAAUGCCUUUGAUAAUAUUGUUAUAUCUCCUGGACCUGGUUCUCCAGCAUGCUCGGCAGAUAUAGGAAUAUGCCUUCAGCUACUGCUUGAGUGCAGGGAUAUCCCUAUUUUGGGUGUUUGUCUUGGACACCAGGUACUUCACGCUUUGGGAUAUGUGCAUGGCGCUCGAGUUGUCCAUGCAUCUGAACCAAUUCAUGGACGCUUGAGUGAGAUUGAGCAUAAUGGGUGCAGGCUGUUUCACAACAUUCCUUCUGGCAAGAAUUCUGGAUUCAAGGUGGUUCGGUAUCAUUCCCUUGUUGUAGAUGCUGAAUCACUUCCAAAUGAACUUAUUCCUAUUGCAUGGACAUCUUCUAGCGACUUACUUUCUUAUCUUGAGACCCAGAAGUCUGAUAUUGUUCUUGAGGCUUAUGAGAGUCAGAAAGGGCAAAAAUCCUCCUUCGAUUCUUUCUCAUCAAAAUUAAAGAAUGGAACUUCUUGGCCGUCCAGGCAUACUGAACGCAUGGGAAACAGUAAAGUCCUCAUGGGUAUCAUGCACUCUACCAGGCCUCAUUAUGGUUUGCAGUUUCAUCCUGAGAGCAUUGGGACCAGUUUUGGAAGGCAAAUAUUCAAGAACUUCAGAGAGAUGACCCAGGAUUAUUGGCUGAGGUCAAGAUCAUCAGUUGUUAGUGAGAGAAAGGCACGUCAUGCAGGUCUACCAUUCAGAGGGAUUCCCAAACGUAAGCAAUUAGUAAAUGAUGUAGAUGCCAGAAAGUCUUUUGGCAUGUUGAAUUUGCUAAAUCUUUCAGUUCCAAGCAGUGGUUUUACAUUUCUGAAAUUGAAAUGGAGGAAAUUCAAUCACUUGGCUAGUGAAGUUGGUGGAGCGAGAAAUAUAUUUUGCAAACUCUUUGGAGAUCACAAGGCUGAAAACACCUUUUGGCUGGACAGUUCCUCCACAGAAAAGAGGGCACGCUUUUCAUUCAUGGGAGGUAAAGGUGGAUCUCUCUGGAAGCAGGUUACGUUUAAGUUGUCACACGAAAGAAGGGGAGGUAACCUGUUGAUUGAAGAUGGUCAAGGCUGUAUCAGAAGCAUAUUUUUGGAAGAUGGUUUCUUAGAUUUUUUGAACAAGGAGCUCUUAUCAUUACGUUACGAGGAAAAGGACUAUGAAGGACUACCAUUCGACUUUCAUGGUGGAUAUGUUGGGUACAUUGGGUACAACCUUAAAGUCGAAUGUGGCAUGGCAUCGAACCAUCACAAAUCAAGCACACCAGAUGCUUGCUUCUUCUUUGCAGAUAAUCUUAUAGUCAUUGAUCAUCAUUAUGAUGAUGUAUAUAUUAUGUCCUUACAUGAAGGACAGACUGCUACAACACAGUGGUUGGAUGAUACUGAGCAAAAACUUCUAGGUUUAAAAGCUUCUGCUGCAAAAAAAUUCAAGGUGGAGAGUCCACAGCCUGUGACGCAUUCCCCAUCUAAAGCAGGUUUUUUUGCUGAGAAAUCUAGAGAACAGUAUAUGAAAGAUGUUGAGAAGUGUCUUAAGUUAAUUAAAGAUGGAGAAAGUUAUGAAUUGUGUCUUACAACUCAAAUAAGAAAGAGAAUUGGGCAAAUAGAUUACUUGGGACUUUAUCUUAACCUUAGAGAAAAAAAUCCAGCACCAUAUGCAGCCUGGCUUAAUUUUUCGAAGGAAAACCUGUGCAUCUGCUGUUCUUCACCAGAGAGGUUUCUACAGCUGGAUGGAAAUGGUAUUUUAGAAGCAAAGCCCAUCAAGGGUACUAUUGCUCGUGGUUUGACGAAAGAGGAAGAUGAACACCUCAAAUUGCAACUACAAUACAGUGAAAAAGAUCAGGCUGAAAAUCUGAUGAUCGUUGAUCUUCUAAGAAAUGACCUUGGUCGUGUCUGUGAACCUGGAUCUAUUCAUGUUCCUUGUCUUAUGGAUGUGGAAUCAUAUGCAACUGUUCAUACCAUGGUGAGUACCAUUCGAGGAAAAAAGCAAUCCAAGAUGAGCCCAGUCGAUUGUGUCAGAGCAGCCUUCCCAGGUGGAUCAAUGACAGGUGCCCCGAAGUUAAGAUCAAUGGAACUUCUUGAUUCUAUUGAAAAUAGUUCUAGAGGUAUCUACUCUGGCUCCAUUGGGUUUUUCUCAUACAACCAGACAUUUGAUCUCAACAUUGUGAUAAGAACGAUUGUCAUACAUGAGGGUGAAGCUUCGGUAGGUGGAGGAGGGGCUAUUGUUGCUUUGUCGAAUCCUGAGAGUGAGUAUGAAGAAAUGAUUCUUAAAACACGUGCCCCAGUAAAUACUGUUCUUGAAUUUCAAAAAGAAUCAGUAUCAAAUCAAGUAAAAUAGUCAAGUUAGUGGGGCAAAUGCUGUUGUAGAAUUUCAAAAGGAAUCAGUGUCAAAUUAGUGAAGUAGCAAAGUUAGACAUUCUUUAUUCAUAGCCUUCUGCAUUGUUUUUUUUACUAUUUUCCUUCUCAUGAUUUGAUUAUAGAACACAAAGAAUUCAAAAGGGCACAGAAAACUAUACCAGUGUAGGUUGUAGUGUAACAUCUGAUUCAUGUGCUAUUAUUUUGUCACACAAUAAGGAACAUUGUAUUUUUUACUCAAAUUUUGAGAUUGAAGCAGAAAGAAUCAAGUGGGUCAACUGAGAACUGCAGUAUUAUUUCA